GCGCCUCUGAAAUCGUCGCGUGUUUUCGCCUCUUCUGUCUGCUUCUCUUAUCUCUCUCUCUCUCUCUCUCUCUCUCCGUGACUCGGCUCUGCCUAUGCAGCAGCGGAAGACUCGCAUUCUAUCCGUCCACAGACGUGGCCGCGCAUUGCACUGAAAGCAUUCCUCAGGAGCAGAGACACCGGACACGCCCCUGAGUUCCGAGCUCGAUGCCCGAUGGAGUCCGCAGGGAACUUGCUUUCCUCUUCUUCCUCUGCUCCGCCGUUGUUCCCGCGGAGAGCCCUCGCCAGAAACUCUCUCCCCUCCGCCUCUUCAGGAGCCGUUCCGUCCGUGCCUUCCCUAUCAAGGGCUCGAGCUAUUACUAUGUCCGUGCACUUACAGGAGCAGCGAAAUGAGGACAGGCCUCUCUUACACGUUAUCCAAGACGACAAGUCAUUACAGGUAUCGAGAAACAGGAAGCAGAUGGAGACUGGGGUGGUGACUUUGAGAGAUAAAAGUCUCGAUGAGUCUGAAAGUUUAUUCCAAGAUUUUGAGUAUCACUGUCGUCGCUGGCCUGGUUUAUGGUACCUAUUGCCAUCUAUAAAAACUAGGGAUAACCAAUGCUCGAACAUGCAGUCAGUCACAAUCAAUCCAAAGAAGCUUACUGACGAUGAACUGUCUAAUGUGGUUUCCCUUGCUAAAAAAGCACUGGAAGCUUCAAGGGAGGCAGCCUUGUUGGCAGACUCUACGUUGCUUGGGACUGAUCUUGAUUUUGCACUUUCUCCUAGUACAAGCACUGCAACUUCAGUCGAUAUUCGAAAGGAGGAAGUCAAAACAGUGAGAUCAACACGGCUGCUUGAGAGGCAAUCUAAAAAGAGGAGGGUGUCAAAGCCAGUAGGUGUGGUCACUGGGAACAAGAGUUCCAAAAGGCUAGAUACUAAAAAAAGACUAAAUGAAGGUUUUGAUCCUAAUGAUCCUCUUCGAAUGUUCUUGUGGGGACCUGAAACUAAACUACUCUUGACAUCUAAAGAAGAACUAGAGUUGAUCCUUAAGAUACAGGUUCUACUUAAAUUAGAGCAAGUGAAAACAAGGCUUCAGUCUCAGUCUGGCCGUGAGCCUACCCUGCUUGAAUGGGCUGAAGCCAUUGGCUUAAGUUGUCAGGAUUUGCAGUCACAGCUUCAUUCUGGAAACAGUUGUCGGGAAAAAUUGAUUAAUGCUAACUUACGUCUGGUUGUUCACAUUGCCAAACGAUAUCAGGGUCGAGGUCUCACCCUACCAGACUUGCUGCAGGAAGGAAGUAUGGGUCUUAUGAAGAGCGUCAAGAAGUUCAAACCCCAGGUGGGCUGCCGGUUUGCCACUUAUGCUUACUGGUGGAUUAGGCAGACAGUAAGGAAGGCCAUAUUUCAAAAUUCCAGGACAAUACGUUUGCCGGAAAAUGUCUAUGCCCUUCUCGGCAAGGUGAUGGAAGCAAAGAGAUCUUGCAUUCAAGAGGGACAUCAUCAUCCAAGCAAAGAACAAGUAGCUAAACGUGCUGGAAUUUCAGUCGACAAGUUAGAAAGACUAGUAUCUACUACAAGAACACCCCUCUCACUGCAACAGCCUGUGUGGGCAGACCAGGAUACCACCUUUCAGGAGAUAACUGCAGACACUGGGGUUGAGAUCCCAGAUCUUAGUGUCUCUAAGCAAUUAAUGAGACGACACGUGCGCAACCUCCUAAGCACGCUCAGCCCUAAGGAGAGGCGGAUCAUCAAGCUAAGAUAUGGCAUUGACGGCAGUGAACAGAGGUCACUCUCGGACAUUGGAAACAUCUUUGGACUGUCGAAGGAGAGGGUGAGACAGCUGGAGAGUCGAGCGCUAUACAAGCUGAAGCAAUGCCUCGGCAGCCAUGGCCUUCAUGCAUACGGUCAUUUGAUUAUUUAAUCAUAUUGGUUUGGAGUGACAUAUUCAGUGGUUAAAGGGAUCGUGAUCCAGAAGAAUAAAUCUCGAUGGGGACAAAUAUCGCAAAGAUCAUUAUGAGCAGCAGGCAAUGUAUUGAUUUUGUCCAAAGGCAUUGGCUAUGACCUAUGUUUAAGAUCUCAGCAACGUGACAAAACUGGGAAAAUUUCUGCAUCAUUUAUCUUGUAAGAUACAAAAUUGUAAUUCAUUUGUAUAUUCUUGUAAGAGCCAUGAAUUAUUUGAUUAUGGCUGUCAAUAUCACUAAUGGAAAGAUUUCCCAUUUCUUUUCUUGGA